AUGUCUCACGACGCAGUCUGGUUUUCUCGUCCUCGGCGAUUUGGAAAGGGUUCUCGCGAAUGUCGAGUAUGUGCCCAUCGUGCUGGCUUGAUUCGUAAAUACAAUCUCAACGUGUGCCGUCAGUGCUUCCGUGAAUAUGCCAAAGAUAUUGGAUUCAAAAAGUAUCGUUAA